AUGGAGAAGCGAUUAUUUGGAUUGACAACUGUCGUCCUACGAAAACUAGCCUAUCAGCUCGCUGAAAAAAAUGGUAAAACUCACAAUUUUAACCAUGUUAAAAAGAUUGCUGGCAUAGAUUGGUUAAAAGGCUUUAUGAAACGUCACCCGGAUUUAUCAAUUCGAAGACUUGAAGCUACAUCGGCAGCGCGAGCGAUGGGUUUUAAUAAAGUAGCCGUGAAUAAAUUUUAUUCUUUGCUAGGGGAAGUAUAUGACAAAUAUAAUUUAACGCCGGAUAGAAUAUAUAAUUGUGACGAGACUGGAAUAUCAAGCGUCUCCAAAACAAAGAGCAAAAUCAUUGCUGAAAAAGGCAGAAAACAAGUAGGCUCCCUUUCUUCUGCAGAAAGAGGGCAGACAGUUACCGUCGAGAUAUGUUUCAAUGCAGCCGGAACUUAUAUGCCUCCCAUGCUAAUAUUUCCUCGGCAGAGAAUGAAGCAGGAGUUACUGGAUCGAGCUCCUCCAGGGACGACGGCGGAAUGCAACGCUCGAGGCUGGAUGACAACUGAAACCUUCAUGAGUUGGUUCCAACGAUUCGUUAUAUGUUCUGGGGCCUCAAUUACUAAACCAGUCUUGUUACUUCUGGAUGGGCAUGUAACUCAUACUCAAAAUAUUGAGGUUAUUGAAAAUGCACGUAAAAAUGGUGUUGUUAUGCUUUGUUUUCCCCCCCAUUGCACCCACAGGCUCCAACCCCUGGAUGUCGGCUUCAUGAAGCCAUUGAGUGUGUAUUAUGAUCAUGCUUGUUCUAACUGGUUACGGUCGCACCCAGGCCGAAUAAUUACAACCUUUCAAAUAAGCGAAAUUUUUGCAGAUGCUUAUAUUCAGGCUGCAACAAUGUGCACGGCAAUUAAUGCAUUUAAAAAAUGUGGGAUAUGGCCAUUUAACCAAAAUAAUUUCACCGAUUCAGAUUUUUUAGCUGCAUCAACAACUGACAUUCCGAUCACAAAUUAUGAAACUGAAACAACUUCUUCAACUGCUGAUAUUCAGCAACCGUCUUCAACUGUUAAUAAUCAGCAACCACUGCCGCCUCCCCUUGAACCUAUUUUACCUGCAGUACAUCAGGAAACGCCUAUAUCAGAGCCUCAGUCUGGACCAUCUAUGCAACAAGAAAAUAGCGUUUCCCGAUCUCCAAUCCGAAGAGUAUGUCGUGAUUUAACAACUUCCUUUGAAAACGCUUCUCCCAAAGACAUUCUCCCCAUCCCUACCGUUGAACAAAGAAACCAAACGAGAAAAAAUUAUCGCAGAGGGAAAACGGUUGUUCUCACUUCUACUCCCUACAAGAACGAAUUAGAAGAGCGCGAACACCUUAAACGGACGAAGAAGUGUUCCAGUCCGACUGAUCACGGAUAUAAAAAAAACUCAAUGAAACAGAGGACUCAAAAAGCUCGCUCUGAAGGCGAAAAUGUUAAGGAGGAUGCCUUAUGCAUCUAUUGUGUUGACUCAAACCACACUUAUUUGAAGUCUUCGGAGCAUUGGGUGGCCUGCCAACUAUGUGGACAGUGGGCCCAUACAGCCUGUGCAGGAGUUGAUGACGCUGUUUUGGAAGAAAUCCACAUCUGCUUAUUCUGUGAUAAAUAA